GCCACCAACAAACACACACAAACAGAGACACCUGUACACACACACAGACAUGUACAUACACACACACACACACACACACAACACACAGAAACAUGUACACACACGCACAGAGACACAUGUACACACGCAUACACACAGAUACAUGUACAUACACAGAAAUACACACACACACAGACACAUGUACAUACACACAGACACAUGUACAUACAUACACAGACACAUGUACACACAGACACAUUUACGUACAAACAUACACGCAUGUAUAUACACACACAAACAGACACAUGUACACACACACAUACAUGUACAUACACGCAGACACAUGUACAGAUACACACAUGUACAUACACACAGACACAUGUACAUGCAUACAUAGACACACACACACAUCCCUAUAAAAAGUUGCAGUACUUUCGUUGUUCACUCACAGAGCCAGGUACUGCACUCUAGGGGGAGGCAGAGAGCACAAGACACACUCCUUCCUUUGCUUUCACUGCGCUCAGCUAUUGGGCAGUCUGACAGCUCCCAGUGCCAAAGACAGAUCCGGCCUGAGCUCUGAGCCUGCUCAGCAAAAUGGCCCUGGGGGACACACUCGCCCCCACCAUAAUUUCCACUCACCAUUGGCGAGCAGGCAAGUGGAAAUUUCAAG